AAGCCGAACAUGUGCUCAGAGUUCGACUGCGGAGUUUGUUACAGGACCUACAACGCGGGUCGCCGCUGCCCCCGGGAGCUGCACUGCAUACACAGCUUCUGUGAGAGCUGCCUCCGGCUCCUGAGCCGAGCCCCGGGCCCCGGUGACGGCUCGCCUCCGGCCGCAGACAGUCUCGUCAUCCGCUGCCCGCUGUGCCGACACCCCACGGUCCUCACCGCCGCCGAGGGCAGCGUCCGAGCCGAGCUGAGGGUGGACGAGUCCGUCCUGGAGCGGCUGCUGGCUGCCGGAGUCCUCGACCGAGAGGACGAACCGGAGGAGGAGGAGGAAGAGGAAGAGGAGGCGGAGGUUCCGGAGGUUCCAGCCGAGGAGAGCGACUCCUCCAUGGGCAGCAGAGGAGGCAGGCUCCGGCGGAGCUGGAGGAAAGUUUGGAGGAGGAUCAGCGGCAGGAGCUGCCACAGACAGGCCUGUAUGAGCAACGAUGAGUGGAGGACCCUGGCCAUGAUGUCCAGCUACAUGUUCUGAGCACACACACCCUCAUAUCCUGGAUAAUGUGACUUUAUUUAUGGUCAGAGUUUCACCCACUGACUGAAGAAGAUGAAGAUGAUGAAAACUUUGCUGGCAAGAUAUGGACACAUACGUUUGUUUUGGUUUUCUAGUGUUUAAAUUACUAAAUUAUAAAGUAGAAUUGCACUGCACCUGAACAAGGAAUGCUUUAAAAAACUAUGUUAAGAUUUUUUUUAAACUAUUUAUUGUUUCAUAAUAUUUUUUUAUUAUUUUUAUUGGACAAAUAAACAAGUUCUCAU